UUACUCUUAUGAAAGGAAGUGCUUCUAGGGCAACGUUUGGCAACACUUUUCUAUAAUAUUCUAAACUAAAAAAAAAUACGUAAACAAUACCUUGUUAUUUUUUUUUAAUAUGACAUCGACGAAAAUUAAAACGAAUAGAUCUAGAUCAUUCUAUAAAGAGAAUCCUCCAAAUUGUUCAUCAGAUCUACAACUAAUCAAAGUAAAAGAUAAACCACCUAACAUAAGAAUUCCAAUUCAUAGCAGCGUAAAAACACCACUCAUUGACUACAAAAAGCUCUCAUGGCUCUGCCCUGUAAAUACCAAUAAAGCAAAUGACAGAAAUGCUGCCUAUUCAGAGAUAGAUCAUGAAACAUUCAUGCUAGAAUAUAAAAAAGUAUUUAUGCCAGAGUCUCCUGUCAAAAGAUGUCUACAGUAUUAUAAUGAUAAAGAAAAAGAACAGAACAGUUCAAGUUCAAGUCUAAACACUCUAGCUGUUAACACAACUACAUCCCCCAAAUCUCUACAAAAUGUGAAUGCCUCAGAACAACCAAGUUUUGAUGUUAGAGAUUAUUUGCCUCUUCUUCACCGUGUAAAGAAAACAGAAGAUAAAAAAGUUCUUCAAAGAGAGAGUAUACAAACUUUACGACAGAUUUUAACAAAGCAUCCUUUUGAACGAACAGCAACUGAAAAUGAUCUUAUCUUUUCUAAUCUUCAAAAUUUUGACUUUUUUAAAAACAACAUUGAACCAGAUGUUUUGAAGGAGUUGUCUGUGUUAGCUCAACUGGAGACUUGGCCAGAUGACGAUUUUGUGGUUUAUGGUAAAACUGGCAUUCACAUGGUUCUAAAAGGUUCAGUGGUGCCUAAAUACACACCAUAUCUGGUAGCAGGUGUGGAUGGUGUGUACCCCUCAAAAUUUACAUGUUGUGAUGAGGAUGAUUUACCUCUACUUUCAGCAGGAGAAUGUUUCGGGACUUGGCUAACGUAUGAGGAUCCCUUUUCAGAAGAACUUAGUGUCAUAACACUGGAACCAAACUGUGAAUUUCUCAAGUUUACUGUUAGUGACUAUAGACGUAUCAAAGAGCAUAUAAAGCACAGAGAGGAAUCAGAAAAGUUGGAUUUGCUGCUGCACUGUGAGCAGUACAAGCUUUGGCCUAAACAACCUUUGUCUUCUCUAGCGGAAACUGUUGAGUGGGUUGUCUACCCUCCUAAUACCGUUCUAGCUAGUGAAGGUUACAAGUCACCAUUUAUUGGGUUCAUCCAGUCUGGAGAAUGUCAUGUACUUCGACAAGUGGAGGUCUUUCAUACUUUAAAAAAUGGGAAAAAGGAACAACGUACACAACAAGUAGUUGUUGGGAAACUAAGCCAGUACUCUUCUUUUGCUGAAAUCAGUUUAUUGUUAGAUGAACCACUGACAUGCUCAAUAAUAACAACAACAAAAGUCAGACUAGGCAUCAUACAGCCAGAGAAAUUAAUCAGUCUAGAUGAUGUAACCAAACAAUUAUUACGGCAAUCUAACACAAGGACAUUUGGACACCUGUCUCAGGAAGAGAUUCAAACAGAAUAUCUCCAGCAGGAACUCAAGAGACAAUGGAAUGAAUUCAAGCAUUCUCAGGUGCUGGAGGUCAUCAAUGCACGUGGCAUCAGGCCAGGUUAUGGAAAGUGGUCCAAAAAAUAAAAAAACUAGAAUCAAUUUGUUAAACUUUUCAACUGUGAAGCCAUAUUAAAUGACUAAACAUUUAUUUGAAUCAAUUGACAAAGUUGUUUUUUUUUUGUCUCUUUGCUGAUAACUGAAACCCCCCAAAAGUUGUUUGCUAAAAGAACAAAAACAAAUAAGUAUUUAGUUUGGAUAUCCCUUAGACACAAACACAUUAUGACCCUGGACAAGCAUAAAUUAUUUAUUGGGGUGGGAUGUUGAAAUAAAGACAAACUGUAGGUAUAACUAUUGCAAUGAUGUUUUAAAAAAAAUUACAUACUGGUAACAAUAAGAUCAUUAGUCAUCACAAAGUACAUAGAAUCCCAAUUCAUCAAUCACUGGUGGUGUAUGUGCAUGUGUUUUAUAUUUGCUUGUAUUUACUUCUAUAUCUUUAUUGUUCUAGUAAAAAUGCUGGGUGGACAAAUGUAGUCAGACUGAAUUUUUAUUUGUUUGAAACAAUAAAAUUAUUGUAUCUUAAUAAAUUGAAUUUUUUUUAGUUUCAAA